AUGAAUGCGCAGCACGCGUCCCCCGUCGCCUCCAUGCACAACAGAACCAAGACUGAGCCUGCGGCCGUCUCGCGCAUCCCCUCCACCACAUCCUCCGCAGAGCAUGGCCGCCGUCGUCGACUGACCAGCCCGGCCUCGCCCAACAUCGCGCCGCACUCUCCAGGUGGGACCGGAGCGACCUCGUACUUUUCACCGCAGCCAUCCGCUUCCGGUGGAGACGCUCGCUCGCCCUUCAGCAACAGACGUGCGCCAGCGUCGCGCAGCGCGGGCGGGCAUGGCAUAGACACGUCGCAAGGCCCCCCCAUUGCGCUCAUCACUCGAGGCUCCUACUCUGCCGACAUUGCGCGUCGCUCGCAAAAGGCGUCCGACUUCGCCUUCGCCCAACAGCAGCUGCAGCAGCUGGGCCUGGUCGCCCCGGGCGCCUCUGCUUUGCUCAAGCCAGGAAGCGCAACCAGCUCUGUCGCGAGCAGAGGACGACGGGACCUCUCGCCCGGGCUUUCGCGAUCUGGAUCCACCCACUCAGACUCCCGCCGAUUCGACCACAUGGCGAGCUCCCCAGACGACUCGUCCGACUACGACGCCGGCCUUCGCAGCCCGCUGGGCGACACCUUGACGCUGCAGAACACACGUCGAGCCGAUGCGGGCUCGGGGACGGACGGAGAGCCCGCUGAGGACUUGUUCUUGAACAUUGCACAGGACACAACACCGCAGAAAGAAGACGGCGAUGGGGGCACAACGCGGACGGAGCGAAGACGGUCUCGAAUCGCACGAGCAACGAAAGGCCAGUCUUUGCCGACAAAUGCGUAUUCUAGUCCCGCACAGCCAUCCGCAUCUACAACUCCCAAAACAUCCUCGGCCAUUGAUACCAAGCAAGCCGCUCACCCUCGACGGCUUUCUCAGCUCCCAUCUCCUUCAAUAACUGUCCGAAAUAUGCGUGAACAAUCCCCCGUCUCUCCCGCAAAUGUGCUAGAUAAUCACCGGACUCGUAUGCUUGGCCUCUCACCUCAGGCCUCAUUUUCAUCAUCCCGGUCGAAGGAGCAGGAAGCCUCCCCACAGCUUCUACCCCAAUAUGGCAGAAGGAGACCUUCGUUUCCUGACGCCUCCGGAACUCCACCAAACCGCGCCUAUCGUCCUUCAAAUCUCCACUAUUCUUCAUCCCGAGACAACGAUUCCACACCACACAUCGAUACGCCGCCCGAGCCCAAUCGCGCUUUCUCUGGCGCUGACGGCACUGAAUCUGCAGACUCUAUUGGGGCACCAUCUUCAGUAUGGGACGAGCUGGACGAACUGAAGUCCAGAAUUCGAAGGAUUGAGCUCUCCGGGAAGAUGCCUGCCACCUCGGGGGCGGCUAUAUCGAAUGGGUCUGGCGAGCGUCCGAGAACUGCUACAACUACAGUGACGACCAUCUCUUCAUCUCCCAAGCAUCAUCGCAAACCCAGCACAUCGCCCUCAGAAUCCACUGUUGGUGGCCAUACGAGUUCCAAUAUACACCCUCUUCUGCAUUCGGCACUAGCUAAAGCAAAAGAGAACGUCUCACCCUCCAUCUAUCGAGGUCUUGAGGCGACCGUGACCGAAGCACUGGCACUAGCUGCUCUUACUGGCAGCGCGGGUCCGCAAGGGACCCUAUAUUCUGCAAGCUCGAUAAUCAACGGUGCCACUGUACCAGACCGACAAGUGCGGCGGAAAGCCGACAGUCUCUGUCGCAGCCUCACAGAGCUUUGCAUCGCGCUCUGUGAGGUCAAAAUCAAUCACGAAAGUUCUGCUUUCAGACCAACGCCACUGGGAACCCGUCGAGCUAGUGUGCAACCCAGCAGCGAGGUUCAUACACCCACAUAUUCUACUCCCCAACCAGUACGAGCGAGUAUCGAGCCUGAGGCGGGAGUUCUGCGUUCCAGUCCAAGCCGAGCACUUAGCCGCAUCGAAGCCCGAAGGAGCAGUUUGAUGGGCCUCAAUGGGUCCCGUGAGUCGAGUCUGGAACCACCCUCGCAGCAGAACUUUCCCAAUCGUUUGAGCCGCGCGGGGACCUCGCUCCUGCGUCAACGCCCGAUGAAGGAGGACGACGAAGAUGAUCCCACUCUACGGGCCCCAUCCCGCGCUAUGACUGAUUUUAGUCAGGUCAGGGCCUCCAACAGAUCGAAGCGCUUAAGCAAAGACUUCAGCGAGCUCCAACCCUCACCGUCUUUGCAGCCAACAUCAUCGCUCCGAAGGCCAGGCGGUAACGCCCCCAGCGAAAAUCACCAUACGCUUGCGUCUUCAACACUACUUCGCGAUGGAAAUAGGCGAUAUCGGGAUCACCAAACACCUCCUGCAUAUGAAAAGAGUAUUGCCGGGGACAGUGUGGGGAGCGAAGACAAUCGGAGGGUGCAGCCUGCGCUCGGCCACUACGUCGAAGCUGCAAGGGCUGCUCGAGCAUCUGCUGGAGUGGGUGGUCUAGGACGAAAUGGAACCUUUAACCGACGAGUUCGGGGCAACGGGGUUGGCGAUUGA